CUCCUCGGCAAACGGUGCUCAGGACAUUUUCCAUGACCUCCUCUGCCUUGAGUGUCCAUGGUGCACCAGCCACACAGGCCUGGACUGACUCUGCUCUCAAGGUACUGCUCCCAGAUUCUGUCUGGCCCAUCUCAGUUUCAGAGGGAGGUCAUUGAUUCCAAUGGGAUGUGACAGGUUCCAUCUUUAGGCAUCUGGCUCUGCUCCCAGUGGCAGGAGCUGUCGCUGACUGCAAAUCCCCCGAGUGCCAUGCUGGUCUGAAGAAAGCAAGCCCUAGGAUAAGCAGAUGACCUUUCAAGAGCCCACGAUCCUAAGGUGGGAUGGCAGAAUGAUAUAAUGGACCCAGCCCUGGACUAGAAGGCUGGACACUUGGCUUCUAGUUCCAUUUCAGCUACUAACUUGCUGGGCGAUGUUGGGUAAGUCACUUUCCUACCCUGAAUCUCCGUGCCCUGCCCUGGAUGUGAGGAAGUUGGACUAGAUUAUCUCUAAUGACACUUCCAGUCACGUGAACGUCCUGGGAGGAGCCCCAGGAAACAAUCCGGACCGCAGGACGAAAAUGAUAUCAAUACACAGUCUGUCGGAGCUGGAGCGUCUGAAGCUGCAAGAGACUGCUUACCACGAACUCGUGGCCAGACAUUUCCUCUCUGAAUUCAAACCUGACCGAGCUCUACCUAUUGACCGUCCAAACACCUUGGAGAAGUGGUUUCUGAUUCUGAGAGGACAGCAGAGGGUCGUAUCGCUCAAGACGUUUGGCAUUCGCCUGGAAGAGGUCCUGGUGAAUGAGCUUACCCGCCGCAAGCAUCUUGAACUAACAGCCGCGAUGCAGAUUGAAGAAUCCACUGGUCAGGCCUCGGGACGUCGUCGGGGAAACGUGGUGCAAAGGAUGUUUGGCCGCAUCAGGCGCUUUUUCAGUCGCAGACGGGAUGAGCCCACCUUGCCCCGGGAGUUUACUCGCCGUGGGCGUCGAGGGGCAGUGUCCGUGGACAGCCUGGCUGAACUGGAGGAUGGGGCCCUGCUGCUGCAGACCCUGCAACUUUCCAAGAUUUCCUUUCCGAUUGGCCAGCGACUUCUGGGAUCCAAAAGGAAAAUGAGCCUCAAUCCGAUUGCUAAACAAAUCCCCCAGGUUGUUGAGGCUUGCUGCAGCUUCAUUGAGAAACAUGGCUUAAGCACAGUGGGAAUUUUUACCCUGGAAUACUCAGCAGAGAGAGUGCGUCAGCUCCGUGAAGAAUUUGAUCAAGGUCUGGAUGUAGUGCUGGAUGACAAUCAGAAUGUGCAUGAUGUGGCUGCACUCCUCAAGGAGUUUUUUCGGGACAUGAAGGACUCUCUGCUGCCAGACGAUCUGUACAUGUCCUUCCUCCUGACAGCAACUCUGAAGCCACAGGAUCAGCUUUCUGCCCUGCAGUUGCUGGUUUAUCUGAUGCCACCCUGCCACAGUGAUACCUUGGAGCGUCUGCUGAAGGCCCUGCAUAAGAUCACUGAGAACUGCGAGGACUCCAUUGGCAUUGACGGACAGUUGGUUUCAGGCAACCGUAUGACUUCCACCAACUUGGCUCUGGUGUUUGGAUCUGCUCUCCUGAAGAAGGGGAGAUUUGCCAAGAGGGAGUCCAGGAAAACAAGACUGGGGAUUGACCACUAUGUUGCUUCUGUCAAUGUGGUCCGUGCCAUGAUUGAUAACUGGGAUAUCCUCUUCCAGGUGCCUCCCCAUAUUCAGAAGCAGGUUGCUAAGCGUGUGUGGAAAUCCAGUCCUGAAGCCCUGGAUUUUAUCAGACGCAGGAAUUUGAGGAAGAUACAGAGUGCACGAAUAAAGAUGGAAGAGGAUGCUUUACUUUCUGAUCCAGUGGAAACUUCUGCUGAAGCCCGGGCUGCUGUCCUUGCUCAGAGCAAGCCCUUUGAUGAAGGUUCCUCUGAGGAGCCAGCUGUGCCUCCCGGCACUGCCCGUUCCCAUGACGAUGAGGAAGGAGCGGGUAACCCCCCCAUUCCGGAGCAAGACCGCCCAUUGCUCCGUGUGCCCCGGGAGAAGGAGGCCAAAACUGGCAUCGGCUACUUCUUUCCUUAGAUGUUUUUCCUUCUAUAAGGUGCCGGACAGGGGAAAAGGGUGGGGGUAGACCUGGGAUGUCACAGGAAACAUUGAAGAAACGUUGAGGGUAAAGUUCUGAGGGUAAGAAGGAUUUCCACCUGAUGCUCGGGUCAGGCUGAGAAUUCCAAACACACUGCCAGCCCCUUCUCUGGGGAUGUUUGGUCUCUUCAGCUAGUACAAGCAGAGAUGUUUCUGUGUCAUGCCCAGGCUCCCUGGUGCUACCUUGCCUUUCUCUUUUACCCCUGAUCCUGGCUUUCCCACACUACAGCCUGUCCUUUAAUUGAUGUGACAUUUGUGGUAAACACCUUGUCCCAGAGAAGCUCACAAAUCUCGAGGUGCUUUCCCUCCCCCCAAAAAAGGGAAUUGCAUGUUUUUCCUGACUUUCCUUCCCUCCUCCCAAGAGCUCAAUUGCAAAGGCCCUCAAGAGGCAUGCUAGGACGUCAUGUCAGGACUGACAGCUGACAAACAACGCUAAACCAUGUCACACCAACUCAUAGCCGUGUCCCCGCAGCAACUCCACCACCUCAGGAUUUUUUGCCCGCCCCAAAUUAUUUAGACCAAUGGCUCAUCAAAUAGCCACCCCCAAAAUUCUGUGCAGUUUUGCUCAGGUCACGCUAACAGGGAAACCUCAAAUGUAAGCCUAACUAGCCUUCUGGGGUCAAAACUUAGAGGAAAAAUUUGAUUUUAUUACCUAGAUCUGUUUUACAGACAGCUGGAGUUCACCCCUGCUGUCAGCAAAACAGCUAGUUAGGUAGAGACACAUAGUUCCAAGUAGUUCAAGUCACCUGAUUCCAAACGUUCUUACCUAUCGUCUCUGUAGCUCCUCUCUGCAGGACGGUACAAAUUUGCGGGACAUGCUCUGGUAACACGCAGAUAUGGGUUAUGUAUGACAUCCAAAAUUAUAGCUGAUAUUGAGGGGUAACAACUGCUAAGGUCCAUAGAAUGAAGAAUGUAUUGUAUUGAGGGAUAGAAAUUGAUCACACAAUGGGUAACAACCGCAGAGCUCGAAGAUUUGUGAUUGUUAAAACUUCUCUGGCAUUUAAUCAUUAAUAAACAUCUGUGUUGUGACAGCAGCA